CUUGUGUCUCCGCUGUCUUCCAGCGCCUCCGGAGCCAGCGUGGUGGCCAUCGACAACAAGAUCGAGCAGGCGAUGGAUCUUGUGAAAAAUCACCUGAUGUACGCAGUGCGGGAGGAGGUGGAGGUCCUGAAAGAGCAAAUCAAAGAACUAUUGGAGAAAAACUCCCAGCUGGAGCGUGAAAACAGCCUCCUGAAGACCCUUGCCAGCCCUGAGCAGCUGGAGAAGUUCCAGUCCCGGCUCCCCACGGAGGUCCUGUGCCCAGAGGAGCAGAGCCCUGGGGCGGCUGGCCCAGCCCCGCACUUGG